AUGGCUCCAACAACACCGUCUACAGACGACUCGCAUCAGCAGCUUCUGGAUCAGCUUGACUUGACACUUAAGCCGCGACCCUUUCGCAAUUCUCAAUGGAAGCCUUCGCAGCGCCGUAACAAGAAUAUCAAGCAAAUAGUGGCCGAGGCUGCUCGCAAAGAGGCAUCAGUCAUGGCCACACACGACAACAGCGGCUCUUCUACCCCAAAUCUGCAAAGCUCUGCCAUAGAAACCGGAGCAGCAACGCCGGUACCUUUAUACGGCAUGUUCACACACUCCAACAUAUCACAAGCAGCUCAAAAUCUGUCUACAAUGGUACUCGAAAGGAAUCUGCAAGCCUCUCUUUCUUCUGGGCCAGUAGCUACUUACACGAACAUCGAGUCUGCUCCGUCACUGCAUCCAGCGCACCAGAAACACUACUGCGACAUCACUGGCUUGCCGGCCCCUUAUACGGAUCCGAAGUCCAGACUUCGAUAUCACAACAAGGAGGUGUUCGAUGUUGUCCGACACCUACCUCAGGGGGCGGCGGAGAGAUACUUGGAAGCGCGAGAAGCCCACGUCCUUGACGGUCUACCGAUGAUCCCAUGGAGGAGAACAGGGUAUCAGUUACAGAAUCCAAAGAUUGCUGUUGUCAAAGCGUUGGGUGACAAAAAAACAUCGCAUGGUGUAGUUGAUUUGCUACUGUAG